AUGGCAGAUGAUGAGUACGAUCUAUGGGACACACUGCAUUUACAGCCUGGGGCUACCCUCGAUGAGGUGCGCGUGGCGUUCCGAGAGCUCUCACGCGUGUACCAUCCCGACAAGCGCAACGGAGCUCGUACGGAGCGGGCGGAAGGCGAGAAUGCCGCCUUCGUCCGGGUUCAUCGAGCCUAUCGGAUCCUCAGCGAUGAGGCAUUGCGUGGCUUCUACGAGAAGUACGGCCUCUCGGGAGUGCGCCUGGCGGAGAGCCUUUCCGACGAGGAGGGCGCUGAAGGCGCGGUGAGCUUAAUCGACGAUCGGCUGAAGGUUGCAACGGAGGAACAUGAUGUGAUAUCACUGGGAUAUGAGGUGAACAUCCUGGAAGACUUGGAGUGUAGCCAUGAGAAGAGAUGA